UAUUGAUAUAGAUUCGGCAGUGCUCAACAAGCUGUCGAUAUGUGCGCGUGUCGUCAAAAGAAAUCGUCGUUCUUCAUCGAAGACAUUCUUCAGGACACGACGAAGAAGCCCUAUAAUAAAAACUUGAGCAAUGAACCAACGAAACCGUUGAUUUGCAACAAUAGCAAAACUGAUGAACCUAUAAAUGCAGAAAAAGACGAAAUAAAUGAUAAAGUGACCAAGCUAAAAGUUUCAAGAGAGGUUCACGAUGAACUGGUCUGGAGUAAAAUUAAACUGGAACAAAGGAGAAACACGUAUCCGCUAUACCCUACUCCGAUGAAAGCUAGCGUACCGUGGUCUCAAUAUAGAUUAAAGGACCCAAUAUCGUACCCUGUGGCACCCCGGCACUCUUUCAGUUACUACAGCGAACCUAUGCUCAAUUCAGAUCAGAUUUUGCGAAAUCAUUUAGCUGCCAAUAGAUUUGUGACGCACCCGUUCACGAUACGACAGCCCUAUGCUUUUGAAAGAGUGCCGACCUCAUACUGCAACACGUGGUGGGGGUUGGGGGGGCGUCGGAAGGGUGGGCAGGUGCGGUUCAGCGCAGCCCAGACGGGGGCUUUAGAGAGACGGUUCGGAGCCAGCAAGUACCUAAGUCCUGAUGAGAGGAGGGCAUUGGCAGCGACGUUGAGACUUAGUGAUCGACAGGUGAAAACCUGGUUCCAGAAUCGUCGCGCAAAAUGGCGUCGCACGACGCCUGACUCAGCGGACGCUGGUAGUCCCCUCACAGACGACGUGUCUGAUGAUGAAGCCAUCUGACAUACAUGCAACCAAGAUAGAAAUUUUUAAGUUUUCUGAAAUUAAAACCUGGCAAUUUAAUUAACCUG